AAGGCCAAGCCGAUCCCGUACCUGCCCGGCGGGCACCCCGUGCUGGGGCACACGCUGCUCAUGGCGCGCAACCUGGACCGGUUCCAGGACUGGCUGGUCGAGACGAGCGUGGCCCGCGGCGGCGCGCCCUUCGUGCUGCGGCAGCCGGGUAAGAACGACUGGCUGUUCUCGGCGCGGCCCGAGGACUUCGAGCAGAUCCUCAAGGUGCACUUCGACACGUUCAUCAAGGGGCCGCAGGUGCGCGAGCUGCUCGACGACUUCAUGGGCGAGAACAUCGUCAUCAUCAACGGCCACCGCUGGAAGUUCCAGCGCAAGGCUCUUGUGAAUCUUUUCACGGCUCGAGCGCUGAAGGAGCACAUGACCCCCGUGGUGCAAAAGUGCGCGCUGGCGUUGCAGCGCGUGUUCGCCAAGGCGGCGGAGAGCGGGGACGUGCUGGACGUGCACCACAUCAUGGGGCGGUUCACGCUCGAGACCUUCGCGGAGAUCGAGUUCGGCAGCCAGCUGGGGCUGCUGGAGAAGGGCGAGGAGAACGCGUUCGAGACGGCCAUCGACGACGCCAACCACAUCUCGCUGGAGAGGUUCGCAGUGCCCAUGUGGGUGUGGAAGCUCAAGCGCUGGCUCAACGUGGGCUCCGAGAGGCGGCUGAAGGAAGACAUGGCCGUGAUCUCGAGCUUCGUCAUGUCCUGCAUCUCGGACGCCAUCGAGCGUCGCAAGCAGAGGCUGGAGGCUGCAGCGCGUGGGGAGCCCGUUGGCCCCGUGGCCAAAGACAUCGUCUCCAUCUUGCUGGACAGUGAGGACGCGACGGGCGAGCCCGUUCUACCCAAGGACGUGUUCAACAUCUCGUUGGCGGGGGUCUUGGCGGGGAAAGACACGACUGGAGACGCCACGAGCUGGCUGAUGCACUUACUGCAUGAGAACCCACGGGUGGAGAACAAACUGAGAGCGGAGCUGCUGGCGAAGGUGCCCAAGCUGGCGGAGGACGAGAGCUACGUCCCGCCGAUGGAGGAGCUGGACGCUAUCACGUACCUGGAGGCCACGAUCCGCGAGAGUUUGAGGCUCAAACCGCCGGCCCCGUGCGUCACGCAGCACUGCACUCAAGACACAGUGUUCCCGGACGGCACCUUCGUCCCCAAGGGCAUGGACACGACGCUGUUGUAUCACGCUUCGGCGCUGCUGCCGAGUGUCUGGGGCCCCGACGCCGCUGAGUUCAACCCCGAGAGGUUCCUGGACGACAACGGCAAGCUGCUGGUGCUGCCCCCUCUCAAGUUCAUCGCCUUCAGUGCCGGUCCCCGCAAAUGCGUCGGCCGGAAGCUCGCCAUGAUCGAGAUGAAGGUCGUCACAGCCUGUUUGGUGAGUCGCUUCCACUUGGUCGAAGUCACGGGCCAGGACAUCCGCGGGACGAUGGGGAUCAGCCUCGGCAUGAAGAACGGAAUGAAGGUGAGCGUUCAAGCAACGCCCGGUGUCGCCAAGCGAGCUUGAUGUGAAGGAACAACGAAUGCAGUUCGACCAAAUUGUUGCUAGUGUUC